UGAAACUACACUAAAAAUACUUCGUAUGAUUUCGUGUUUUUGCAGUGUAGCAUCAGACAAUUGGUUCAAAUUACUUCUUUUUUUGUUGACAGUGUUUAAAUUGUGCUGAUACGAUACUACAAGUAAAAAAAGCUUCAAAGUGAAUUGCAUGUUUUGCCUAAAAUGAAAGCGGACAUUAUCUCGGUGGUUUUUAAUCCUUAAUGAGUGGACGUCAGAGAUUUGUCGUGACUUUCCAGAGGCCGUUUAAUAUUUCUCCAGAGAUAUUUUGUCGUCAUUUUUGGCCAUCUUGAUCUCAUAACGCGACAGAUGCUGAACAGGACGGCGUUGCUCACAGGCUCAAAAUCUGCAACUCUUAUUUGUAUGAUUAAUAACGGCACCGAAGCUGCAGUCGUCCAUCUGUUGUGAAUCAGCUGCAGCAGUUUAGUCACAAAAGGAAAAACAGUGACUUUUCUCUUAUUAUUUUCUAAAACGACUGAACAUUUCAAGGCUUACUGUAAAUAUGUAGAAUCCUCAGCUGAUUAGUUGAGUUUUCCCAGUUUUGAAUUGGUCAGUAAAAUUGCUUCUGCUCAUAAAAAGUUGAGAUGUGUUUGGAUUUUGGGUGGCAUGGGUGGCUGUAUCUGGUGAGUCAGAGCCAUUUGUUUGCUCUCCCACUCGGGACGGAGGAGGGUGGGAGGGUUGGAGUGGACAUUGAAAAGAGACGCUCACUCAGAGAAGAUCCCAGUUGGACAGGAGCUGUCGUAGAGCGUCCUCCUCUCACAGACAGGAUGCAGAAACUGGACGGUAAACAGAGCUUUAAGAGUCAGCUGGUCAGCAGAAGUCUGGAUGGACGGCAUCAACACGCUGGAUGGGACUAACUGGUCAUGAUUCUCACACAAGGAAGAUCUGCGUGCACUGCAAGUGUGUGCGGGAGGAGCAUGCGGUGCGGUUGGUGCCAGGGCAGCUGGAAAAGAUGAUGACUAAGCUGGUGUCGGACUUCCAGAGGCACUCCAUCUCCGACGACGACUCGGGAUGCGCCUCCGAGGAGUACGCUUGGGUCCCACCUGGGCUCAAGCCCGAACAGGUGUACCAGUAUUUCAGCUGCUUGCCAGAAGACAGGGUGCCUUAUGUGAACAGUCCGGGGGAGAGAUACAGAAUCAAACAGCUGCUGCACCAGCUUCCGGCUCACGACAGCGAGCCUCAGUACUGCAACUCUUUGAAUGAUGAGGAGAAGAAAGAGCUUCGUACGUUCAGCCAGCAGAGAAAACGAGAUAACCUGGGCAGAGGCGUCGUCAGACCUUUCCCUGUUACCAUGACCGGAGCCAUCUGCCAGCAGUGUGGCAGACAGAUCAGCGGCGGAGACAUAGCUGUGUUUGCCAGCCGGGCGGGUCACGGCAGCUGCUGGCACCCCCAGUGUUUCCAGUGCUCGUCCUGCAGCGAGCUGCUGGUCGACCUCAUCUACUUCUUCCAGGACGGGCAGAUCUACUGCGGCCGGCACCACGCCGAGAGGCUGAAGCCCCGCUGCCAGGCCUGCGAUGAGAUUAUUCUAGCAGACGAGUGUACGGAGGCAGAAGGAAGGUACUGGCACAUGAAGCACUUCUGCUGCUUUGAGUGCGAGGCGGCGCUGGGCGGUCAGCGCUACAUCAUGAGGGAGAGCCGACCGUACUGCUGCUCCUGCUACGAAUCCCUGUACGCAGAAUACUGCGACACCUGCGGAGAGUCAAUAGGUAUCGAUCAAGGCCAGAUGACGUACGAGGGUCAGCACUGGCACGCGGUGGAGUCGUGUUUCUGCUGCGCGCGCUGCCAGCUCCCUCUGCUCGGCCGGCCCUUCCUCCCACGCGGGGGCCUCAUCUUCUGCUCCAGGUCCUGCUCCCUGGGCGACGACCCCAACAACUCGGACUCCUGCGACUCGGCGCUGCAGAGCAGGUCUCCCCAUCACGGCAGGCGGUGGGGGACGCCGGAGAGGGUGCCCUGCGGCUCCCCUCUGCAGCCACUAGAGGGCGUCAAACACUCUCCUGCACAGGACUGCAUUCACACUGCAGUGGAGAGUAGAGGGCUUCACUGCAGCGCUCCAGUUCAGAAUGGGGUUCCUCCACACACCGCCCAUCCUCCUCCAAGAGGCUCCUACUCGCCUCUGCCUCACAUUCACCUGGGAAACGGCUGGCCCAGCGACGUUCCACACUACAGUCUGCUGCCAGGGGACAACAGCGUCAAACCGCCAGCCACGGGUGUCCAGUUGCAGGAGGAGCUGAAUGGAAAUACUGGACUAACUGGUCGUAAUUCAAGAGGAACCUCCACCAACAAAGACUGCAGGAACUGGGUGGAAAAGACAAAUCAGGCAAUGCAAGACACGCCGCCGCCAUCAUCAGACAGCUCCCCCGUCCUCCCACCUCCUCUGCCCCUUAAGUCCCGGGACCUGAUGCCGCGGGACUCGUCCCCUCUGUCCCCGUCCCCUCUGUCCCCAUCCCAUCGGAAGGACCAGCCCCCCGAGUUGCCUCCUCCGCUGACGCGCAGCGGCCAGGCCAGAGUCAGCUUCAGGGAGCCGAUCAGCAGCAGCUACUCUGUAGAGGAAGACGACGACGAUGAGGAGGAGGAGGAAGAGAGGCUUCAUGUCAGCAUGGAGUCCAAGCAGACUGAGGAUGACGAUGGUGAGGUGGGGGGUUUUGGAAGCAGGCUGCACCUUCAGAGAGGCGUCCCACCACAGAUGGAUCUACUGGACGGCUCUUCGUAUCAUCGUCAUCACCUGAAGCGCGGUUGGGGCCGCUCCCGUACGUCCUCUGACCCCGUCCUCCCUCCGGGGUUGGAGCGGCGCCGGUCCGACAGACCCCGACUCGACACUCUGGACUUGAGGGCCGAGAGCCGGAGAGACGCACGCAGCUCCUGCAGCUCCCUGAGCCUCCAGCAGGGACCCCACAAACACGAGGACUGCUGCUCCACCUGCUCCUCCUCCUCCGAAUCCGAGGAGGAAGGCUUCUUUCUGGGGCAGCGGAUCCCUCUGCCUCCGCAGCUCCGGCAGCCCGACGACGGCCCGGCCAGGCGGCCCGAGGAGGUUCUGGAGGCGCAGAGAGACCGCGGCCUGAGAGGCAGCAUCCGGCGGAGACGAGCUCAGAGCGCCAAGGAGAAAGAUAAAAACUGCGCCGUAUCCUGAAGCAAAAGCUACUGAGCAUUCGUCCUCCAUCGCUGCAAAAACACAAAAUACUACCAAGUAUUUCUGGUCCAGUUUCUAACGCAGUCGUCUGAGUAAACUUCAAAUAAGACUAAACUAACUUACAGCAAAGUACAGGAGCUUGAUUUAAUCAGUAAUUCAGCGAUCCACUUUUUUCUCUUCUGAUAUCGAUACAGACAUGUGAAGUUUAGAAUCGAUUGAUACAGAAAAACAGGA